AGAAACAGAUAGUAAUAAAUGAAAGUGAUGUUUUUGGCUUGGUUUUGAACACCCCACCCUCAAAGGGUCACUUUUCACUCCUGCCUUCCUCUGUUCUUGACAACCUCAUAAUUUACCGAUUUCAAAGAUUUAAAACUAACAUGCAUUAAAAGACAAGAAUGAAAUGCCUCAUAAGCUGCUUGAGAUUAAAAAUCAGAAAAAACAACUAUGGAUCAUGACUAUUUGUAUAAUUUUUUGUUUGCUUGUUGGUGUCAGGAGUUUAAGAUGGCUCGGAAAGGCCGUUACACGAAAAAAUUAAAAUUGGGACUAGGAUUUCAGCAACCUCAAACGGGAGCGACAGUGGCUUUGGCUUCCCACCAUGAUGACUCUCAAAUUCCCUCGACCAAUGGUGAUAGUGUCCCCGCAACUUCACGCCCGUUCCAUCCACUGCGAAGUGAACCAAUGCCUACUCCACAGACGAGUACAAAUAGUUCCCAGAACUCGCUAUCAGGCCAUGUAAACUUGGACGCUAACUCAAAUGAGGUAGAUUCUCUUGAUGAAGAAGUUGACGACCUCUUUGAUGCUUCUGGAGCUCAGAGUCGUAGAGGACACAAGACUACAGAAUUUUGAAUGAUUAAGAUCAUUAAUUCCGACGGCACAAUCAAGCCCGCAAAAUUAAGCGUGAGGGAGGCUAUGGAACGGCCUAACGGUAGAAGGAUCGUGCUCAAGUUCAACAACGAAAAGCAACCGAUUGGAGACAAAGUUGGACUGUUGAGUGGCGUGCUUGGACUGCUGGGAUCUAACUAUGAAAAAUUUUCUAUCUGUGAGGAAAGUGGGCGUAAGAUUACCACUAAAGACAAGGUUUAUAACGAAUGUGUCAAGCAACUUUUUCACUUUGAUGAAGAGAGCGAAGGAAUUAUCAAGAAAAAUAUUUUGAAAAUAAUGGGAAAAUCUUGGAAGGAAACAAGGCUGAGGUUGUAUAAUGCUUUUUACGAGCCAACAUUCACGACUGAACAAAAUGUUGAGCAUCGUCCAUCGAGAAUUGAUCGAGAGCAUUGGAGAUAGUUCCUUGACUAUCGCACCAAAGCUGAGACGAAGGUAAUCUAGUAUAUCAUUGGUACGCAACAAUACAAUUUAUGUUGCAUUGAGUCUUUUUAAAUUAUUUUCUAAUCGCCCUUUGUCUCUGAUGGACCAAUAGGAGAAGUGCAGGAAAAACGCAAAAGAAACAGUUAGGGUAGAAUUGUUGGAAAUUUAGCUUUACUGAAUGGUUUACUCCCCUAUGUCAAAAUGGACCAAAAGAACUUUACAAUUUUCAAUUCAGCUUACUUGUAAUUAUUGUUGGAAAUUCACCUCAAAUGUUUCUAGACAGUUUCAAUUUCAAUGUAAUUUAGAAACAGUUAGGGUAGAAUUGAAAUAAUUCAGUUUCACUUAUCCCUUAUUUCUUUUUAUAGUGGUUGGCAUCCUAUGAAACAGAUACUUUAUUUUGGUUGUUUAAUGU